AUGGCUCAUUUAAAUUGGGAGCUGCUACUAAACUAUUUUCUGGCUGGCAGAUGCAGUGCCUAGCAGCUGCUAUCAAAGACGAACCAAACAUGAGCGGAGGAGGGGAACAGGUUGACAUUUUGCCGGCUAACUAUGUGGUAAAGGACCGUUGGAAAGUGUUGAAGAAGAUUGGUGGUGGUGGCUUUGGUGAGAUUUAUGAAGCAAUGGAUCUUUUAACUCGGGAGAAUGUAGCUCUGAAGGUUGAGUCAGCUCAGCAACCAAAGCAAGUCCUCAAGAUGGAGGUGGCUGUUCUAAAAAAACUACAAGGGAAAGAUCAUGUUUGCAGAUUUAUUGGCUGUGGAAGGAAUGAGAAGUUUAACUAUGUUGUUAUGCAACUUCAGGGCCGGAAUCUCGCAGACCUCAGAAGAAGCCAGCCUCGAGGAACUUUUACACUGAGCACAACUCUUCGAUUAGGCAAGCAGAUCUUGGAAUCCAUAGAAGCCAUUCACUCCGUGGGAUUCUUGCAUCGAGAUAUCAAGCCUUCUAAUUUUGCCAUGGGACGCCUGCCUUCAACCUACAGGAAAUGUUAUAUGUUAGACUUUGGUCUGGCCCGGCAAUAUACCAAUACUAAUGGUGAAGUCCGACCUCCUCGUAAUGUUGCUGGCUUCCGGGGAACAGUCCGGUAUGCAUCGGUGAAUGCACAUAAAAAUAGAGAAAUGGGCCGACAUGAUGAUCUGUGGUCCCUUUUUUACAUGCUGGUAGAGUUUGCAGUUGGUCAACUUCCAUGGCGCAAGAUUAAAGAUAAGGAACAAGUUGGUAUGAUUAAGGAGAAAUAUGAACAUCGAAUGCUGCUAAAACAUAUGCCUUCGGAGUUCCACCUUUUUCUGGAUCAUAUUGCAAAUCUGGAUUAUUUCACCAAACCAGAUUAUCAGCUGAUCAUGACUGUGUUUGAAAAUAGCAUGAAGGAAAGGGGAAUUACUGAGAAUGAGGCCUUUGACUGGGAGAAAGCUGGUACAGAUAUUUUAUUAUCUACAAGUACAUCCACCCCACCUCAGCAGAACACAAGGCAAACUGCAGCCAUGUUUGGUGUGGUUAAUAUCACUCCAGUUCCUGGAGAUUUACUUCGCGAGAACACAGAGGAUGUUUUGCAAGGAGAACACCUGAGUGACCAAGAGAACGCACCCCCCAUUUUAUCUGUCCGGCCAACAGAAAAUAACUUAGGGCAGGCUCCAAAUGUUCCCUUCAAUGAAGGAGAAGUUUGGGAAGAGACUGAUGUAAAUCGCAACAAACUCAGGAUCAGCAUCAGCAAAACGCAGUGUUUAGCAGAAGAUGAUCAGAAAAGUGGUGUGUGCCCCAUCUCCCCAGUGCGAGCAGUGCCGGACUCCCCUACAACCCAAGCACGUUCUCUGAGAUAUCGUCGUGUGAAUAGUCCUGAAUCGGAACGCCUCUCCACUGCUGAUGGAAAAGUUGAUCAGCAUGAACGAAGAUCCCGAGUAGAUUUACCUUGUUCUCCUUCCCGGCUCGUAUGCUCUUCUCAGCCAGCACAGAUGCUGUCUAUUGAGACUGGUCAGGUAGACCGACAGGCAAGUGGCAGGAUGGAUGUAUCUGCUUCUGUGGAGCAUGAAGCUCUCAGUAAUGCUUUCCGAUCAGUGCCCCUGGCCGAGGAGGAGGACUUUGACAGCAAAGAGUGGGUUAUAAUUGAUAAAGAGACAGAACUGAAGGACUUCCAUCCUGGUGCUGAACCAAGCACAUCUGGGACCACAGAUGAGGAACCUGAGGAACUAAAGCCCAUAGAAGAAGGGGACGAAAGGAGGCAAUUGGGUGCAGAAGCAGCAGUCAGGCCCAAAAUACAUGAUGGGCGAGUCCGAGGUAUGCAGCCUGUGGCUGAGGAGGACAGUUCCCACAGAAAUGAAAUGCAGUGCCACACAGUUUCUGAGAGUAAACAUGAGCAGCAACCAGGAAGCCCAUCACAGUCCCCCUUAUAUUCAGCACCAGCUAUCCGGCAGCGGAGACGAGAAUCUGAGCCAAUGGGUCCCGAGAGACAGGUAUUCCCACUGAAACCUUUUGAAAUGAAUGGUCUCCCCAGGGUGGUGCCUUUAAAUUUGCCUUACCAAGAUUUCAAAAGGGAUGUAUCAGAAAAUAGGGAAAGAUCCAAAAUUCUGCAACGAAUAAAAAAAGUGGAUUUCUCAAAUGUUGUCUUAACCGCCCCUUGUAAGCCACCUAAUGCUCAUCUUCAACUGGCAAAUGGCAGAUACAAAGAAAAAAAGGAGGAAAAAGAAGAGGAGGAAGAGGAAGAGGACGAUGAUGAAGAUCUUGGUAAUUUAGGGGAAGAACUUGAUAUGCAGAGCGAGUCAAGCAGUGACGUGAGUCAAAAAAGUACUGAGCGUAGUCAGGAAGGUGCUCCAUCCACUCUUUUAGCAGAUGAUCAGAAGGAAUCUAAGGGUCGAGCAUCAGCUGCAGAAGGAGACUUGGAACUUGAGGAAGGCUCAAAAACAUUAGUUCUCUUUUCACCAGGUGACUUGAAAAAGUCUCCUGUGAAUACAGACUUGGCUCCUGAUGCUGAUCUUGGAACUCUUGCUGCACUGACUCCUCAAAGUGAGAAACCUCAGCCUAUGGGAAGCCAGCUUGAUGUAUCUGAGCCAGGAACGUUGUCUUCCAUCCUCAAGUCUGAACCAAAGCCUCCUAUGUCUGUGGCCACAACCUCCUCCCCUUUUACUAAAGUGGAACGCACAUUUGUCCAUAUUGCUGAAAAGACACAUCUAAACAUCAUGUCUUCCAGUGGGCAGCUUAUGAGGCAUGAGGAAUACUCUAAUACAGGGCAGUUUGAAGAGAUAAUCGUUGAGGAAGAAUUAGAGGAAAAUCAGGUACUGAUAGAAAAUGGGAGUGUGAAUUCAGCCUUGGAAGGGGGAGAAAUGGAAAGUUGUGCUUUCUCAGUGAAUCAUAUUGAAACCACCUCUGAAGCUGCAGGGGAACUGGUAUUCCUGAAUGGUGUUAAAAUGGGAGAAGAAGAGGAGCUAGAACUUAAGGGCAAACUUAUUCCUGAGUCAGAUGUGGAAGAAGAUAGUAAGUUGAUUUCAGAAGAACCUGGCCUUGAUAAUAAACCCCUUGCAAAUGAAUCCCUUAGACAAACAGAGUUGCUUCCACAUAUUCUAGCAGAAACUUCCAAAAAGCCACUGAAUGUAAGGUAUAGAAGCCGGAUUCCUGUCUUGCUGUCUGAAGAAGACACUGGAUCAGAUGUUUCAGCUUCACACUCUGGCAAAGAAAGGCUAUACAAGAGACUGAAACAACAGGAUUUGGCCCGCCUGGUGAUGGAGAAAAGGCAAAGCCAUCUAUUCAGGUUAGCUUCUGGAGCUUCAUCUUCUGCUUCCUCUAGUGAUGAGAGGCAGCGGGCUUCAGAAACCUUAUCGGCAACUGGUUCUGAGGAAGAUACUCAUGAUUCAGAUGAUUUCACCCCAAGGAAGAUUGGAAAUCAGGAGAGAAUUUCCCUGGUGAAGAUGGAGGAGAGAAGUUUAAAUAUAAGGAGCAGAAUCCCUCGCCCCAUUGUACCUGUAAAGCCACCUAUGAUAGAACUAAAAUAUGGGAGCCCUUCAGCCCUUCCUCCAGCAGCACCAAGUAGAAGUACCGGUGAUGCAACUGGGUCCAUAAGGAUUCAGGGGCAAAGGCCAUUUGGGAAUGUAACUGGUGAUCCCCGGAUGAAAGCUACCCCAACUCCUGCUACCCCUUCCUUGAAGAGCAGCCCAAGGAAAACCUCCCAUCUUCCAGCUAGAAGCCCUAUUCUCCCUCCACGAAAUCUCAGUGCUUCCCCCAAAAGCCAAUCCCUAUCCAGAAAGGAAAGCCCAUCACCAUCUCGACCGCAUAGGCCUGGAACUACAUUUCCUCCAUGGGCUCAGUCUUCUCCCAAAAGUUCAUCCAGGGCUCAGGCGAUAGGCCUAUUGGGAGAUAUUCCUGUCUCACCAGGUACGCUCAGAAAAGGACCAAAAGGGAAAACCCAUACUCCAGGAACCAAAGGAAAACAGGUAUUCCAAGAAGGCAAGUCUACUGCUAGAUAAUGAUCUGCUGCUGCCAGUCCAUUAGACCUACCGACCUACCAUCUCGCCAGGCUGGAAAAACCUCUGCAUAUAAUAUACACUCGAGAUGCUGCAGCACAGCCUUAUGUGUCGGAAAUAUAUGCAUAUAGCAGCUAGUUGUACUUCAGUGCUUCACUUGCCCACACAUGCCCAUGCUGUCUCAAUCCCAGCUCUCUCUCUCUCUCUCUGGCUGAGAGCCUCCUGGCCAGCUCAUGCUUGCUUUUGCCGGUCACCAAGCAACAACUCAGGCAGCCUGCCUAGUGCCUGAUAUUCUUUCCUUCAUCUUCAUUUCUUUAGUUUCUCGGUUAGCAACACCACAGAACCCUGAGAGAUUGCUAGGAGAGAUGGCUUUUUAUAGCAUACAUCAGCCCCAGUCAGUGGAGAAAUUAAAAGGGCUGCACAGAACCUGAAAGGGAAAUCUCGGUGUGAGCUUCUCAGUGGUCUAGAUGUAUUGAUGUCCCCGUUUGGCAUCCACACACUCUGAGCCUGCUUCUGUGUAGCUCUGGUGAUGCUGGUGUAUUAAUAGAAAGAAAGUCACAAUCAGACCCCUCAAUUGCUAUCCUGCCUAUAGUUAUAUGAAGAGUCAAUAACAGCCAAGGGAAGAGGAGCUGCAUCCUUGGCAGCUUCUUUUGGAUGCAUAGCGUCCCUUAGCAGCAGUCCUCAGAAGGCUGCUAAAGAGAAGUGUUAGAUUUAUUGAGAGAAACUGUUCCUGGGUGCUCUGAAGUCAAGAGCCAUCAGUUUUUCCCCUUCAGCAUUAUGCCCAUAAGCUGAUAUCCACCAGAAGUAGUGCUUUCUGUAAAGGCAGCAGUGAAAGCUUCUCAGGGAGCUCUACAUGAUCUCUUUAUUGGUAAAAACAGUGCAAAAGUGCAAAGAAAAGAGCUAAAGCCUAAAUAAUGACCUAGGGAACCAAUAGGGCUCCACUCUAUGGUAUUUUUUUCAAAAUCCAAAUAUAAGGCAUUUUAAAACAUGGACUGCCUCCCCUUCUGGGAUAUGUUGGACAUACAGUUUUUAAUUUUUAUGUUUUUUUUUAAAAGCAGGCUUUCCAUUUCUAAAUGCCUUGCAAAGAUAGUACCUGCUUAUUUUAGGAAUCCAGCUGCCAGACAAUCAUCGGUGUUUGGCACCUCUCAAAUUAUUUAGUUUUCAACCUGGCGCUUGAUAAAUCUCGAUAAAGCUUUUGAAGCUGGCUAAUUGGGGGGAGGCUUCAUGGUACCCCCUCUCUUCUAUGCUCUGGCCUGAAAAGUUAUAUGAACUUGCCAUUAUGAUCAGGACACACAUUAUAACUAAGUACUUAUAUCUAAGAAUCUAGCUUUAGAUAUGGAGAAUUGCAAAAAAAAAAAAAAAAGGAAAUGUAUGAAUGCUUGGCUCUUGUAAUAGUACUGAAUAAUAUUCUCCCACCAUCUACGUGAAUCUAUAAAUUGCAAUGAUAGAAAGUAAGAAAUGAAGGAUUUGAACAGAUCAGGAUAAUUUAUUGUUAGUUCUUGGUAUUCUUUUCUUGUUUUCUUUUCACUCUACAGCUGUCAAGCAGAGCUAUAUAAAAUAUGAAUGGAACUUCUUUCCUUCCUUCAUUUCUUUAGACUAAUUUUUGUUGCUGUGUAAACGUAAUAAAUGACACUUGCAACUUCUUAGUAAGAGAUAAAUAGAUUCUGGCUAGUCAAUAUUACUACUUUUCUUGGUGGGAAUUCAGGAGUUGGUUGGUUGUUAAAGGAAAAUUAUUUUAUCAAUAGAUAAUCAAGGCCCAAGAUUACCAGUGAAUGUUCUUGCAUCAGAGAUGUUGACUAUUUUUUAUAUUGUAUUAGAAAAUGACCUUAAAAAAAGAUAAUAUACUGUUAAUCUCAUGUCCAUCUUUUCAACAGAGGAUAAUUAUGAGAAUGUCUAGAAUACCCUAUUUAAUCAAUAGAAUGAUUGUUAUGACCUACACCUGAGGAAACAUGGGUCUUGUGGUUCUAUGAGAGUAUUAUUAAGGCUUAGAGCAGAAUUCCAGGACAGGGCUAAGAGCAAUAUAAGCCACAAGUCUUUGUUUUGGUAAGAUCAUGUUGAUGAAACAACAAAGAAACAACAAUAGAAACAACCCAGAUUAGUUUUUGGUACAUUAGUUGGAACUACACUGUGAUUUUAGUUGAGAGACAAUUGCAAUGGGGUUUUGAUAAGAAACACUCUGAUUUUACAAUAUUUCUUCCCUUUUUAAUAUAUAUCUAUGUUUUUUCUUUUGCCUCAUAACUUCCAGACUUUUCUGUUCUGCAACUCUAGGAACCCAUAGUAUGCAAGAGCCUCUCAGUCAUACUUCAGGCUAUUCCAAGCUUCCAAGGCCACAAGGGUGAUAGAGUUUGUCAUGCCUCUUUGAAUAAUUUCUGCUUUUUAUUUCUUUGUUUGUUUAAAUGUUUACAAAUAAUUUUAUCCUCCCCAUUCCCUUCAUUAACUUUUCCACCUGCCUUCAUUAAAAACCUCUUUUCUUAGUCCUCCACAAGAUAUUCUCCACAUCCUAGUGGAAAGGGGUUGAGUUUCGUGGCAGAACACAUGUCUUGCAUAUUGUUGUUGUUGUUGUUAGUCACGAAGUUGUGUCUGACUCAUCGUGACCUCAUGGACAAUGUUCCUCCAGGCCUUCCUGUCCUCUACCAACCCCCGGAGUCCAUUUAAGCUCACAUCUACUGCUUCAGUGAUUCCAUCCAACCACCUCAUUCUCUGUCAUCCCCUUUUUUCUUUUGACCUCAAUUGUUCCCAGGUUCUUCUCCAGUGAGUCCUUUCUUCUCAUUAGGUGGCCAAGGUAUUUGAGUUUCAUCUUCAGGAUCUGGCCUUCUAAAGAGCAGUCAGGGUUGAUCUCCUCUAGGACUGACCAGUUUGAUCGCCUUGCAGUCCAAGGGACUUGCAGGAGCCUUCUCCAGCACCAUAGUUCAAAGGCCUCAAUUCUUUGGCACUCAGCCUUCCUUAUGGUCCAACUUUCACAGCUAUACAUUGCAACUGGGAAAACCAUAGCCUUGUUUAUACACACUUUUGUUGGCUAAGUGAUGUCUCUGCUUUUUAGUAUGCUGUUUAGCUUUCCAGAGCUUUCCUCCCCAGGAGCAAGUGUCUUUUAAUUUCUUGGCUGUAGUCCCUAUCUGCGGUGAUCUUGGAGUCCAGGAAAAUAAAAUCUGUCACUACCUUCAUUUCUUCCCUAUCUAUUUGCCAGGAAUUGAGAGGGCCGGAUGCCAUGAUCUUAAUUUUCUUAAUAUAGAUUAAGUCUUGCAUAUAGAUAGGCCCAAUCUACUUGAAUGAAGUUUUUUUUUUACUUGAAUGUAUUCGAGAGACAGAAAAGAGUAAGAUCCCUGAUUGGGACCCUGCAUGGCCCCUGUUAAUCUGCAUGAAUAAUAAUGGUAGACGGGCAAAUGAUCUUAUGGCUUAGGGAUGCUCUCUACCUUCCUGCUUUUUCAGAUAUAUCUAGGCAUCCUGCAAAUAUCUGAAAAAGCAGGAAGGUAGAGAGCAUCUAGUGAGCCAUAAGGACAUCUAAUCUAACCUGGUUCUUUUCCUUGGCAAUAAACAAGACUGCCUUAGAAUCUGGCCAGACUUUGCCAGUUGGGAACCACUGACAGGAGCUGAAUUAGUGGAUUUCAUCCAGGAUUUGAGGGGACAAUUAUAAAUAAUAUUUCUGUAGUCAGUAGCCCCCUUUGAGAUGUAGGAGCAUAUAAAUUAUAAGGCUUAUGUUGAUAGAAUUUAUUAUUCUGACAGCUAUUUGAGAUUAGUAUUAUUGAAUAUCUCAUAUAAAUGUUGGGAUUUGUAUCUGAAGAGAAGAGUGGGCCAUUUUAUUGAGCUUGGCCAUAUUGUUCUCCAAAGACAUUGUUAGGCAUAGAACAUCAUGGCCUAUUCAAUCCUAGACCUCACAUGUAAAAUAGGGAUGUGCCAAUAGCAUUGGAAGAUAGCUGUCAAUCAUCUUGAUCAUCCUUUGUGCCUGGUAGUAAAAGAGUAAAAAGUGGGAAGCCUAAAGGUGCGAUCUACAACAUUGAUUGAUUACUUCAAGAGACUCACUACUUUAGACCUUUGUUUUUAUAUAAGCAAAGGAUGAUGGGGCAAGAAUAUCAUCACCCAGUCCAUCAUACCUCUUUUUAUGUUUAUUUGGUGUGUUUUUUUAAAACAAAAUAUGCUUACGUUGGCUUCACUCACAUAUUGUGCUAAGUCAUAAUAUGGUUUGCUUGUUUGUGUUACUUCUGUGAUCCCAGUCACUAAGGUCAGUAAACAAUAAUUUAUUGUUUAACACAACAUAUGAAACCAACCAACCGAUAUAUGCACUCAUUCAUCUGUGGUUUAUGAAAUAAAGCAUGAAUCCUUCCCAUAAAUUCAGAAACUUAGAUAUUAUUCAAGAAAAAUGAAUAGGUAAAAAAACUAUUCUCUGCGCCAGCUAAUUCUUAUCCCAAAAUGAAGACGCUAUGUAAACAUUAGGUACAAAUUUGAAGCACAAGCCUUGGACAAAGGAGGCUUUUGCCUUCCCCUUCUGGUCAGUUUUUCCAGAGUGUUAUCCCUGUGACCAUAUGAGAAAUGGGAUGUGGGGUAUAGAAGGUUCCUAUAUAUGUUCCUGAUUCCAGUAAGAAAAACAGUCCAAAAAAAAAUCUUUUUAGCCUAAAAACAGAAUUAUCAGUCUUUCUCACCCCAUUCCUCCUCCUCCUCCUCCUCCCCCUCUUCCUCCUCCUCCUCCUCCUCCUCCUCCUCCGUAAGGGAAGAAAGACCUGUACAUUACUUUUUGCUUGAACCGAGUUGGCAGUAGGUUCUUGGACAUAGAACAUUUUGACAUAUUAUGUCCUAGACCUCAUGAUGUAGGAGGCAGGGAGGCAUUCAGUCUACUCAUAUACAACCACAAUUCAGUCCUGCCUCCUCCAUGCAAUGCGAUAAUAAUAUUACUUUUCUGGUUUAAUCCAGAAUUAAUAGCUAUUCUGUCUAGAGAUGCCCGUGGUCAAGCAUUAUUCAUUGUAAAUGAAAUAGGUACUGUUUAGGAGACCUAAAUUAUUUUAAUUGGGUGAUACGUGGUAAGCAGAUCUGUUCUAUUGGUAUACAACUCUAAUUCUUAAAUAUGUCAUAUAUCAGUGUAUAUGUAUAGCAAUACUGGAAGAGCAAGAAAGGUUUAAUCUGCCCUCCAAAUAGUAUUAGUGUUGGGCACAAACAUGUUAUACCUCUUGACACAUAAAAAGAAACAAAGUUCAGAAUCAGUAGCAUGUACUGUAUGCUGUAAAUAUAAGUAUCAUGCAGGAUGAGGAACUGUGGGAAUCGAUAUUCCUCUAUGACAUUUGUACAUAUUUACCUGAAUAUGUAUCAAGCAUAAAUGUUGAUCAUGAACAGAAAAAAGGCAGGAUAGGGACAAAUAAUAUUACUUUCAUUCGCAACAAAUAAUAUUGCUGUUGUAGCAGCAAGCCUGAGCUGUAUGCAGCUUUAGUCCUUGAUGGUGAUUGAGACAGCUGUGAAUCCUGAUGGAAUGAGUGCUUUGUUUUAUUAUCCAAAUAAUACUCCAUCAGGACUAUUAUCAACACUCCAGGUCAAAAAUGAGAUUUCAUGGAUUGCUAGUUGCUCAUGUUACCUAUGGUACCAUGCUAUAUGGUAAGCAAGCAUCACUCUAAAGUAAAAAAAAAGCACUUAUAUUUCUUCUUAGGGUUACAGAUUGCUGCAUCUACAGUACUUCAUUGUGUCCUUUGAAUCCUGAAUACUGGGUUUUUUUAUGUCCUCAAGAAUUCAUAGUUCCUUCAUAUUUCCUUUUUAUCGUAUUUUGAUUAUAAUUGCUGACUCUUGAUUUUUUUUGCCCAGAACCUGAACAUAUGAGAUAGCUCCAAUUAAUCUAUUUCCUUAACAUCACAGUACAUUAUGCAUUCACCCCAUUCAUUUUUCAGAGCUAGUACAAUGAUAUUAAUUACAGAGGACAAGCUGUGAUUAUUGCUCCUAAGUACUUGUAUUUCAGACCUGUUGAUUGAUGCUACACUUUUUUAUUACAUUUAUAAUAAAUUAAAUUGGUAUAUUAACUGGGGAUGGUGUAGUCCCUGUUAAUGUUAUCUACACAGGUUUAUAGUGCAGCUUCAUUUUUUACACUAUUUAGUGCAUUUCUAGCCUGGCGAUUGGGACCAAGCCUUUGCUAGGUAACUUAUAUUACAAAUGCAUGUUUUUUUAAAAAAUGAACAGAUAUAAUAGGUCAAACAUACAUACAUGAAUAAUUCUGGGAUUAAUAAAAUGAUUGGCAGGUUUUUUUAAAAAGCUCUUUGUGUCCUCCUCAGUUCCUCAAACCAUCUCCAGCUCCCAAACCUAUUUCUGUCUUUUCUUUCUAAUUAUUCAGUGAGAGCAGCAGGAACAGAAAUUCUUUCUCUUGCUAUACUUGCUCACUUCUUUUCCUGUUGUGCUAAUUAAAAACGGGGAGUGUCUUCUGCAGAUUCAGUUGGGAUGUUUUUUUGGGAGUCAGGAAGGGAAGUAGAAUUGGGAGAGGGGGAGAAGGGAAAUCAGGAAAUGUGCGCUACAAGAUGAAUAAGUAAAGUAAAAGGACUUUGAAAACAAGAUGCUUGUCUGAGGAGGCUUUCGGGCUUCAGCAGCUCCACAGACUUCACAUUUUUACAGUCAGAUCUUUGCCAUUUGAUUAUUGUGUGAAUCAACAUGAACAAUGGGGCUAGAUUUGGUUGGGGGGCAUUAUCUGGCUAAGAGUAGCAUCUUUAAUAUAUUGCUUGCUUUAAUGCCCCAGUCAUCUGAUUAUGAACUCAUUCUUCCCAUCUAUUUCAACAUAGUGACAGAUUAAGAACCAACUUUGUGUCCUAGGAAGACCUGGUGAGAAUUAAAUAUAAGUAGCAUGGAUUUUAUUGAGAUUUCCAUGAAAAUUAAUUUCUAUAACAACUUAAUCAGAACACACAGAUACAUUCUUUAUAUUACUUUUUAAACAAUAUAACAUUGACUGUUUCUGUUCAGAACUCCAGGUACCCCGUCCCAUUUCCCCUCAUUUUCCAUUAUCUGUUUCAGCAAAUCAGCCAGCCUGGACUUCCUUCAUUGUUGUUAUUGUUUUCCUUCCCCCAUUAUGGUAUUUUCUUUUGCACUUCUGUUUCCUUGUUUUAUAUGGGUGAUGCUUUAGUUUCAUAAGCAACAGUGCUGAUCAAAAGAAACGGGAAGAACACUUCACCAUAAUACAAUUAUGGUGGAUGGGUGGUGGUGGAUGGGUGUGUGUGAGAGAGACAAGUGCUUUGAUAAGCAAUUUUAAUGAAGCUCCUAUUAACCCUCUGUAUAGACAAAAGCCUUGUAGUAGUUUCAUUCAAGUAGAUUUGCAAUGGGUAAUCUUUUAAAUGGCACUUGUAUAAUUUUGUUUUAUUAUGGAAUACUCAAAAUUAUGAGGUGCAGUCCAGUACCUACUUGUUUUCCCCCUACAACUCCAGCAAUUAUCAUUAAAAAAUUGAAAAGGGAGGAGAGAAUCAACGGUGGAUUCUGAACAGAUUCACCUCACUCACCCCUGUUAUAAGAGUGAAAAAGGGUGAAUUGAAAUGAAUUUCAGACCAAGAGCCCAAAGGCUGAAUUACAAGGAAGAAAAGAUUUGCUAAAGAUUAUGCUGGCUGUCUGGAGAGUAGACCCACGCAGCUAGUCAGGAUUAUGGAAAACAAAUUUCUCAAGGAAAAGAGCAGUGGUGAAGGCCAAGGCUUGUUCUCUGCUGCCCCAGAUGAUCAGACUAGAGUCCCUUAGCUAAGGAGACAGUGUAGGUAGAGGAACUUCUUAUUGCUCGGAGCAAUUUGAGAAGAACGGAUCUGGAACUGCACCUGGGUAGUUGGGAUAUUCCUUUGCAGGAGGAAACUGGACAGUAGACAGCCAUCUAUCUAGGAUGUCCUAGUGUCAGGAUCUUUGCAUUUAUCUUACAAAUUUAUCUUAUAAAUUUGGUUUCAAAGUGUAACGUAGAGUUAGUGCCUUUGAAAGUACUUAUCUUGCCCCACCGCCCUUUCCCCAGAAUUUAGCACAUAUCACAAUGCCACCUUUCUCUUUCUAUCAUCAACAAAACCAAAAAUCUAAUGGCUACAAUAAAGUAGCAAGAGAUACUUAAUUAUAUUAGACCUUAUGCAGGGGUUAUAGAAACAAAACAAUUUCUUGGUGGAGUUUUCCUAUAAUUUGCAGUUUGGACCGGUACAUUUAGCAGAAUAUGUAUUCCUGUAUAAUACAGUAUACAACUGGAUUUGUAAAUAUGAGACAAAGGUUAUGGCCCCAGGAGGUUAAGCAAUUUCAUUCCCAUGCUUAUUAUAAUCAUCUUUUUAUGUUACUAUGCACCCCGAGAAACUAACUUUUUAGAACCCAAAUGCCGUAUUUCCUUGUUUUUCUGAAUGGGAGUAAGAAGAAUUUGCUACUCCAGAUGGCAGAAUACCUAUAGACCGGGAAAGAGAUUUCUGGGGGGCUUUGGGGGAGAUUUUGUGGGCUGAAUUUUCCCAUAGACUGUUCUUAAUCUUUGAGUCACUUGGGAAUGUAUAUAAUCUCUUACAACUUUGUUUCUCAGGCUAAUCUGAAGUAUAGACUAACUGCAAAACCAGAUAUGUUUCAGUCAAGAGAUGAAGGAUAGCAUGAGCCACCUAUUCUGACAAAUGAAAAGCAUAGGAUGCUAUAUAUGUCUCCUAUGAAAGGCAACGUGUUGUGUAAUGUAAACAAUAUGGCUAUUUCUUUGGACUGAAUUUAAUAGCAGACUGCUGAUAACUUUGCAUUGUUAAUGGGUGAUAGGGCGUGUUUUUUAAGAUCAUAAAUGUCCCACCCAGGAGCAGUUCUGAAUUAACACUGUGUCCCACAGCACAGAACAAAUGUAUCUGAUUGGCAGACAGGAUAUCAGUUGAUGAUAUUAUUUAUUCAAACCAUUGUCCGAUUCCAUGAUAAACCACCUCAUUGUAUUUUCUUCUUUUUUUUUAAUGGUUUUCUGAAAGCAGGAUUAGAAUGUUUUACACAUUACAAGAAGAAUGUACAAUUGCAAAUGAGAGUAAAAAAGUAAAAACCGUAAAAAUCUGGUUUAAAUGCAUGGCAAAGUUCUCAGCGCCACAAGUUUGGCAUGCGUCACACAGAAGCUGUGUACAGAUUCACAUGGCAUUUUCCUAAUUCUAAAUCAUGACUUAAAAAUAAAAAGAAAAGGAAAUCACUUUUUUGUUUGUAUGAAGAAUAAUUGUCAUUAACAGAUUUGUUAAUCAAAGAGAAUUCUUGGUCAUGCCAUUAAAAAGCUCGCCGGCCUUUUCACCUGUGUGUCUUUUACCAUUUGUUUGAUGAGCUGCUGAGUUGGGUUUUAGCCAGGGGCGCAGAAGGUUCAUAUUAAGAAUAUUUUCCAAAUGCCCUCAAUCUUAGAUGCCUCUAGUAAAUUAAUGCUCUUUAUCGCCACCAUCCAACACACUUCCCCCCCUCCCCCAGACAGUAGGGAUGGAAUGAAGAGCAAAAUGAAUGCCUGACUGGAAUUAAGAAGAAAAAAUUUUGUGGAGAGUGUACUGUUGAUUGGAACCAUAAACUAAUAUUUUCAUAAAUACAAUUAAAAUAAAUCUCUAAAACAAAACACAGAAAAGAAGUAAAUUCUGUUUUGUUUAUUAAAAAAUGCAGUACAGAGCCAUCUUGAAUAAGGAAAGUUACUCAAAAUAAGUUUUCUUUUAUUGCUUUGAGUAAGCUGAUAGGAAAAAAUGCACUGCAUGAAUUUGCACUUUGAAGUGCUGUCCAGUUGGAACUUAAUUUAACAUCGAGGACUUUAAGAAGGUAAAUGGUAGUAUCUUAGAUUUGCCCAUUCGCCAAAUUUUGGACAUGAGGUAUGUGCAGGGUUAUCAGUUACAAUACUCUCUUCAUUCUGGUGGGCUGUAUUAUGCUGCUAUAUAAAUUUAUAGGCAGUAUUUCCAAGUUUAUAUCUCUCAUAAUGUAUUAGCAUUUAGUGUACAGAUUUUAUGCCACUUUUUUUGCCAAUAUAGAAAUGAUGAUUCUACUACUAAAUAACUAA